CGUACAGUAGCACUCGAAGACGACAGCAUCCGACAUGAAGUCCACAAUUCUUCUGUUACUCUGCCUAGCCGGCCUGGCCCUGUCGCGUCCGGACACCAUCCUGGACUUCGAAGGGGAGGACCACGAACACGAGCAAGAAGGCGAUGCCGGGGAGAAGGUCGAAGGAAGUUUUAGUUGGACGUCCCCAGAAGGAGAGGAAUUCUUCGUGAAAUACGUCGCCGACGAACACGGCUACAGAAUCGUGGAGUCGAACGCCGUUCCGGUAAGCGCUGGCGGCGUCGCCGCCGACGGGAACCAAGGAUCCUUCACUUCCGAAGAAGGGGACGAAGGGGAAGAGUGAUAAGAAGGGGGAAGUAAUGGGGAGUUCCUUCAUCUGCGGCCGCCAUAAUGACGAACACUUUUCAUUUUCAUUUUUUUCUUUCUUGGAGGACUGAGUCGUAGGGAGAGGUGUCCUUCUGACUGAAAAUCGAAUCCUUUCUCAAUAAGGAGGAGUGUCCUCUUAAAUAAGGAGAGAUGUCCUUCUAAUUAGGGAGAUAUAUCCUUCUGAUUAUAGAGAGAAUUCUCUCUCAGUAAGGAGGCAUAUCCUCUUAAAUAAGGAUAGAUGUUCCUUCUAACUAGGGAGAGAGGUCAUUCUAAUUAGGGAGGCAUGUCCCUCUAACUAUUGAGAGAUGUCCUUCUAACUUAGGAUAGACGUUCUAACUUAGGAGUGAUGUCCUUUAACUAAGGAUUUAUGUCCUUUCAUCUAAGGAGACAUGCCCUUAUAGCUAAGGAGAGACGUCUUUCUAACUAAGGAGACAGUUCGUUCAAGUAGGGAGAGAGAUGCCUUUAAGUUGGAAGGGAUAUCUCUGCUAUACUUUAUCAUCCAUACAACAUUAUCUAAUAAUCUCUUUUCACGCCAGUUUAUUUCAUCCUCUACAUUAUCCUCUUUAUUCUAAUUUUAUCCUUCUUUCACUCUAUCAAUCAUCACUGCUUUCCUUAUCGCUGACUUAUUGCACGCGACGCCAGAGUGACGCCAUUCAUCAUUCAUUCAGGGUACACAGUAUUUGUGACUUCAUAUCUCAUGCUAUUAUUUAUACCAAUAAAUAUGUCGAUACGAA